AUUGCACCUUCUCUCUUUGAAAAAAAUCCAAUCUUUUUCUACUUUCAUUAAUAAAUCACCGAUUAUUUUGUUUUCUCUUCUUCUUCUGCGAUCCUUCAUUGAAUUUGAUAGCCCAAUUUCGUCUUAUAGGAGCUUCAUCUUUCACCUUUUUGUUCUUAAUUGUGUUUCGCCAUUGACGAAGAACACGAAGAGGUGAGAGAGAUGAAUUGGAGGACAUUUGGGUGUGAAAUUUUGAAUCUUUUGGAUGUUGGGAUUUUGUGUUUUCUGGGAUCUUCUCAGAAAUUCUGUGGAAGAUGUGAUGUUUGGUUUUAGGGGUUUGAGAAUGAUUGAUGGAGUUACUAGUAUGUUGUUUUGAAUUAUCGGAAUUGACGUUAAAAAAGGGAUUUUUAGGUUUUGGCGUGAGAGGAUGACUAGUAUUCAGCCUUUGCUACAAAAAUCGGAGUCUAGAGAUGAUGUUCGUGCUGAGUUUGAGAGAGGUUUGGAGGAAUUCAUGCGUGGGCACUUGGACGAGUGUAUCUCAUUUGGGUCUUGUAGUUCUGUUCACAACCCUGAGGAUGAGGAUAAUGAGGAUGAUCAGCUUGUGAGGAGGAGACGAAGGUCUGAACUUGAAGGGGAUAAUUUGGCUGAAUCAUCUGCUGCAAGAAGACGCCAAUCUCAAAUUUUGAGCCGUUGGGCUGCUAGGCAGGCUCAGGAGAUGAUUACUACGAUUGAGAGGAGGAAUCGAGAGUCUGAGUUGAUUGCGUUGGCUGGUUUGCAAACGGUCUCUAUGCUUGAUUCUUCUUUUCUUAGGGAGUCUCAGUCUCAGUCUCCGUCUUCAAGGCGUCAGGGUGCUGCUAGUGAGAGGCCUAACACUCAGGCAUCUGGGAUUUUGCAGAUGUGGAGGGAAUUGGAAGAUGAGCAUGUGCUUAACAGGGCACGUGAAAGGGUGAGGGAAAGAUUGAGGCAGCAAAGAAGUGUUGAGUCUAAUACUAAUUUAUCUAGCUCUAUUGCUUCGGAGAGUCAGCUGAGUGAAAAUAAUGGGAGUCUGAGAGACUCAAGUGAGAGUGAGAAUGAUUUCGGGUCUUGGUCACAUGAUCGGAAUGAGCAUGGGGAUAAUAAUAAUACUUCCAGUAGGGAACAAUCUCCUGAUCUUGGUGAUGGCGAGAGGGAGAGGGUGAGGCAUAUUGCUCGUGGAUGGAUGGAUAGUAGGAUCAAUGAUCAUUCAUCUAAUGUAAGGCAGAGAGACGAUAACCGUAGACCGGAGUGGCUGGGUGAUACUGAACGAGAAAGAGUCAGGAUUAUAAGAGAGUGGAUGCAAAUGACAAGUCAGCAGAGAGGAGGAGCUCGUGCAACACCGAGAGAAGAUCAGAGGUCUACUUCAGAAGCUGAUAGGAAUCAUGACGCUGCACCACAAGUUGACAGGGUCCGUGUAGGGUUAGCUGUUAACCAUGAAGAAGGACAACCACCUCAUGUUCGUCGAGACUUGCGGAGAGUUAGAGGUAGGCAGGCGUUACUUGAUUUGCUUAUGAGGGCUGAAAGGGAGAGACAACGAGAACUUCAGGGCUUGUUGGAGCAUCGUGCAGUGUCUGAUUUUGCUCACCGCAAUCGAAUUCAGUCGCUUCUUAGAGGAAGAUUCUUGCGGAACGAGCGACCUACAGUUCCAGAGAGAACUCCAUCAAUGGCUUCAAGGGAACUGCUUCAGCUAAGAGAAAGACAAACUGUCUCUGGCUUAAGGGAAGGGUUCCAUAACGGGAGGGAAAAUAUUGUCCAUGAAAAUACUAGCAACACUGAUAAUGAUAAUAGCAAUACUUCCACAAAUGCUCUUGCAAUUGCAAUCACUGCUGGGAAUUCUCAGCGUGUAACCGAUGAGAGUUCAACUUCUUCCAGACAAGGGAAUGAUAGUCCCAUUUUGCCUGAUAACUCAGAAAGCAACCUAGCAAAUGCGGAUAGAGACUGGGAAGAGGAUACCAAUCAAAGAAGGAUCUGGCAGGAAAAUGUCCCAGUAGAUGAGAGGCCAAAUUUGGAGCAAACAACUCUAACGCAAUUUGAUGGGUAUGAUAACACAGAUAUAAAUCGUGAUGAAACCUCUGUCAGUGACAUGCACCGAGAAGCUAGUGGAUUUGCAGAUGAUGAAUAUCGCACACAAGAAGCUCAUGGUGUUUGGCAUGAGAAUAGCUCUAGACAAUCCGAUGGGAACUGGCCUGGGACACGGUCAGAAGCCCUAAGGAGUCGCCGUGUAGUACAGUUGAGAAGAUUAAAUAGGUUCCAUCCACCUGAGGAUGACAAUGUUUACAGCAUGGAACUCAGGGAGCUCCUAAGCAGGAGAAGUGUUUCUAAUCUACUACAUAGUGGUUUCCGUGAAAGUCUUGAUCAACUGAUACAGUCAUAUGCUGAAAGGAGAGGACACACUCACGUAGACUGGGAUCUGCACGCUAACCUGCAAACAGCAAUCCCAGAUUCUCCAGAACGUGACACAGACCACCAAGUAUUUGUGCGGAACGAUAACCAACUUAAUGGCAUCAAUGGUUCACAACUGCUUCCCACUCCACCCGCGCCUCCACCCCAGCCAAUAUGGCAUCAAGAUUUGCACCACACUAGCUGGUCUCGUCACUCUAUGCAUCGGUCUGAAAUUGUAAUCCUUCCAUUGAGGGUUUUAGCCUCGAGUCCUUAGCUAAUUAAUUAUGCUCAAUGACAUAUCAUAAGCUUGGUUAAAAGGUGUAAUGUAGAUAUUGCUCUUCUUGGUUGCAUUAGGAAUGGGAGGUAAUGAACGACCUAAGAGGAGACGUGGCAAGACUGCAGCAAGGAAUGAGCCAGAUGCAGAGGAUGCUUGAAGCCUGCAUGGAUAUGCAGUUAGAGCUGCAGCGUUCGGUUAGACAAGAGGUCUCUGCAGCCCUAAACCGAUCUGCAGGUGACCAAGGUAUGAGUGCGGAAACAUCAGAGGAUGGUUCAAGAUGGAGCCAUGUAAGCAAAGGAACUUGUUGCGUUUGUUGUGACAACCACAUUGAUGCUCUCUUGUAUAGAUGCGGACACAUGUGUACUUGCUCAAAAUGUGCAAAUGAGCUUGUAAGAAACGGAGGAAAAUGUCCGCUUUGUAGAGCACCGAUCAUCGAGGUAAUCCGAGCCUACUCCAUUUUAUAAGCCUCAGAGAAGAAGGUAUAGAAGAAAGGACCAGCAGAAAGAGAUGUGUUUUGGUUUUGGGGUUAACAUUAUGUAGUUGUAGUAUCUUCUUCAAAUUCAUAUUUGAUGUGUAUAGUCUAAAUUAAAUUACUUAAAGGGAAGAAAAGAAAAGCUCUUAUUGAUUAUGAUUCAUGUUUAAAUCACAUUUUACUUAGCCACAUUUUAUUUAGAGAAAAAUAUAAAAUUCGGAUAAUUUUCAAAUAAAGAUCAAAAAGUAAAAAGCACCAAAG